CCCUCUACCCCACAGAAAGCUACACAGGAACCGGGUCGUUAACUGUUCGUUUGUUUUGACAGAUGUAUCUGCUUUAGGCUCCACCCACAUUGACAAUGAUGUCAUCAAGCAUGUGCUCACGACUCCUGUUCCAGCUUGGCCAAUCGAGUCGAGUGGUUUUCUCCACUGGUCUUCACGCCCAGCCUGUGUGCCGUUCCAGUGUGCAGCUGAUCCAGGCAAGGUCCUGCUCGUCUCGGGGAAGGAGGUCAGACCGAGACUCGGGUCAGAGCAGAGAACAUGGACUCUCUUCAGCUGGACAUGAGCUGGACUUCCAGCUGAGCCGGCUGCAGGUAGAUGCUGUGCUGCGUGCUAAUGAACAGUCUGUGCGAGUUCCUGAGUUUGACGGACGUGGAGGUCUGAGUCCCGUGCUGAAGUUCGAGAGCAAUCAGCUUGCUGCUAAUUCUCCUUUGGAGGACAGACGCAGCAGCGCCACCUGUCUGCAGACGCGGGGGAUGCUGUUUGGAGUUUUUGAUGGUCACGGCGGUCACGCAUGUGCUCAGGUGGUCAGUGAACGUCUGCCUUAUUAUGCUGCUGUGGCGAUGAUGGCCGAGUCCUGCCUGGAGGAUCUGGAGGCUUCAGUGGAGACUUUACGGCCGGUGCCGCCAAUUCUGCAGUGGUAUAAACACCGUAAUGAUCACAACUACCGCGAGUCCGCUGCUUUGUACGUCCAGCACUUGCGCGUCUUCUGGCAGGAGCUGCUCGCAAGUGAAGAGCACGGAGAUGGAAUGAAGCCCAGCGAUGCCCUCAGUUAUGCUUUCCAGCGCCUGGAUGCAGAUCUUUCAUUGGAGGCUCAGGUGCCGUUGGCGAGCGAUCUGAUGCGGAACACGGCAGUCCAGGCAGCUUUUUCAGGGUGCACGGCUUGUCUCACUCACGUAGGACCUGAAGGCAUUUAUGUAGCCAACGCUGGAGAUUGUCGAGCCGUACUCGGAGUUCAAGAAAGCGACGGAAGCUGGAGCGCACUGUGUCUUUCUCAAGAUCAUAACACAACCAAUUCAGCCGAAGUGGAGCGAGUAUGUUCUCAGCACCCGUCUAGUGAGCAGCAGACGGUCAUCGUGGAUGACAGGCUGCUUGGCGUGUUGAUGCCGCUGCGAGCGUUCGGAGAUGUUCGGUUUAAAUGGAGCCGCGAGCUGCAGCAGAGCGUUUUAGAAAACGGAGGCUGUGACUCAGAGGCGCUGAAUAUUUAUCAAUACACACCACCUCAUUAUCUCACGCCACCGUACCUCGAGGCCACACCUGAGGUCACUUAUCACCGUCUGCGCCCUCAGGAUCGCUUCUUGAUCCUAGCGUCGGACGGUCUGUGGGACGAAAUGGACAGUGAGGAGGCGGUCCGGCUGGUGGCGGAACAUUUGACCGGCGUCCACCUGCAGGCUCCGGUCUCGGCCAGCCAGCGCCAGCUCAGCCUGGGACAGAUGCACCAGCUGCUGUUGCAGCGCCGGGCACGCGCCACUCCCGCACUCGACCUGAACGCAGCUACGCACCUCAUUCGCCAUGCUCUCGGGACAAACGAGUAUGGAGAGAUGGACCAGGAGAGACUGGCAGCCAUGUUGGCGCUCCCAGAUGACCUGGCACGCAUGUAUCGUGAUGACAUCACCAUCACCAUCAUUUAUUUUAACUCUAGUCUUAACAAAACAUUACAGAAAAAUUUGUGACAAUCCUCUGUAAAACAAACAUGCCUGUAAACAAAAUGUAUGUCUCUGAUCAACACUGAAAAACAAACACUGAAACGUUUAGCCUCAUUUUGUGUCUGAUGGAUGAAGUUUAGAUAUAAAAUUAAAACUUGAGGUGCAUAAUAAAUCAGCUGUUAAUUGUGUCAUGAGCCUGAAGAUCAAAAGUUGAGAGAUUUGAGAUUCAGUCCUGUAUGCUGAAAUUAUGUUUUUGAUACUUGCCUUUUAUCAACAGUAAACAAAUUAGACACAUUCUCAACCGUGAACGAAGCUCAGCAUCUCAUUUGUGAGUCAGAUUCAUCAUGACCUCACUUCCUGUGUGAUUUGCAUGUGACAUUUGUGUACUCGCAGUCACUCACAAGCUUCUCAGAUUACUUGUUUAAAAAACAUGACAGAUUUAAUCUCAGGUACACAAAAACUGCACUGGUCAUGAUCAUAUAUUGUGGGUUAAAUAUCACAUUGUGAUGUAAAGUAUAACUGAUUGCUCUGAGUCUGAGUGUAGAGUUAUUUAAUCUGUUUCACUUUUGUUUUAAUGACCAAAUGAUCACAUAUUUCAUGUCUAUGAAUUCCAGUCUUUCUUUCAUGCAUUUUCUCUUGUGAACUUGUGAGAGUUUGGAUUUUGUGCUGAUGAACGUAAUUUUGUUAAAAAAAAAAAAAGAACUUGUAAAGAAGUUGUGUUGCUUGUUUUUACUGUUUUUUUUUUUUUGCUACUCCUUUAGCAGUGGAACUGUAUAAAUCUGAUGUGACCUUAUGAACGUGUUUACAUUCACUACAUGGUUCUGUAUUCUCUAAAUGUGCAUUUAAUUACUCAGUUAUGUUCAAUAUAACUUUUAACAAACA